AGGAGUGCUUUGAGAGACGAUCAGCCCAGCCUGUCCUCGGCUGCUGAGAGGAUCCGCAGACACACCAUGGUGCACUUUGGUUACAGCACCCUGAGUUUAGCCAUGCGGGGGCUUGAUGAAACCCCAGCUGAGCUGUGGGAGCUCCGAGAGCUUCAGAAGCUAAACUUGUCCAUGAACUGCCUGUGCUCUCUGCCCCCUGCCCUGGGUACUCUGGACAAUCUCGUGAUCCUCAACCUGUGGGGCAACAACCUGUCCAGCCUCCCACCCGAGAUUGGCCUCCUGAAGAAGCUGCGUGUGCUCUUUGCUUGUCGCAACCGCCUGAGCGAGGUCCCUGAGGAGCUGGGCUCCUGCACCUGUCUGGAGGUGCUCAGUCUGGCCAACAACCAGAUCACAGGCCUCCCAGGCAGCUUGGCAGCCAUGCACAGUCUUACCAAACUCAACCUUAGCCACAACCGCAUUGUUCACAUCCCCACCUGUGUCUACAGCAUGAAAGGUCUGGUCUUCCUCCACCUGGCCUGCAACCGUCUGGAGACAAUUGCAGACCAGAUCCAGGACUUGGUUAACCUGAAGAUCCUCAUCGUGGAGGGAAACAGUAUCCACACACUUCCCAAGACACUGUGUUUCCUUGAGUCUUUAGAACUCCUCAAUGUCGACUUCAAUGACCUGCAAAAUGUACCGGUGGAAAUGUAUCUACUGAACAGGCUCGGGAGGUUGGCCUGCCACCCGCUGGAUAAAGGACUUCAUAUUAUCCACAACCCCCUCCUCAAGCCUAUUCAGGAGGUGCUGCAAGGAGGACUCAGCGCCCUCUAUAACUACCUCAAACCCACGUGA